UUGUGAAGUGAGAAGAAGAAAUGGAGGAUUUGAAAAAGAGGAAGCUAGAAGACGCAGAGGCAGUGGCAGAGGCAGAGGCAGACAACGCUGAUUUUGUUUCCAAGGAAGAGAUGCGCUUUCUCAUUGAACCUCUUGCUAAACCCCAGCUCGUCGAUCUUCUCGCGAAACUAGGGUCCCAAUAUCCUUCAAUUGCAGAAGAAAUAAAAAGUAUUGCAAGUGCAGAUCCUGUUCAUCGAAAGCUUUUUGUUCGUGGCUUGGCUUGGAAUACCACUUCAGAAACUUUGCGUGCUGCAUUUGAAGAGUAUGGAGAAAUUGAGGAAGGGGCUGUGAUCUAUGAUAAAACAACAGGAAAAUCCCGUGGCUAUGGAUUUAUCACUUACAAAAAUAUGGAAUCAACUCAGCGUGCAUUGAAAGCAACUAGCAAGUUAAUCGAUGGAAGGUUGGCUGUCUGUAAUCUUGCUUGUGACGGCCUAAGUGGAACAAGUAGUACUCCUGAUCUUUCCCUGAGGAAGCUUUAUAUUGGAAGCUUAUCACCAGAAGUCUCAAGUGAAAUGCUGCUUAAUUAUUUUGCAAGGCAUGGUGAAAUAGAGGAAGGUUCAGUUGCAUAUGACAAGGAUACAAAUGAAUCACGUGGUUUUGGCUUUGUUACGUACAAGACAGCAGAGGCCGCAAAGAAGGCCAUAGAUGACCCUGAAAAGACUCUUGGGGGGAGGAAUAUAAUUGUAAAAUAUGCAGAUUCCCACAAGGGUAAAACUGGCCAGCCUCCAUUUUCUGCAGGAGUGGUUUCAAUGGCAGCCUUACCUAUGGCCCCAGGAUAUGUGCAGCCUGGAAAAGCUCAUAUUAGUUCUGGCCCUCCUGUUGGAUAUACUUACCCAUAUGCUGCAUCGCCUUACCCAAGCCCUGCGACUGCACCCUCUCCUUAUCCAACACAAGGGCAGGUUCCUUAUCCUCCAGUUUCUGCGAAGAAAGACCAACUUGGGCUCCCGCCAACUCAACCUGUGGGAAUGAACAACAACUAUCCUUAUUACUAUACCAAGCAAUGAACGUAAACGUAUAACUAAACAUGGUGAUAUUGGUACUCCUUUGCUUUCCUUGUCAAUUCUUAUUAGCCCCACUACCUGUCAAUAUCAUCAUUGGUUAUUAAUGAUGCUCUGCACCUUCCUUCCUUCUUCUUUUUUUAGCUUUUGCUCUCUCUUUUGUAGAAUUUUGACAUUCUUAUUGCUUGUAAUACUAGGUCAGCAACUCCUGU